CCUUCCCCUCCCUCCCCGUCCCUUCCUCUCUCCGCCUGGUGCCGCCACCGCCGAGGAGGAGGAGGAGGAACAUGGCGAAAGCGGAGCAGGUCCUCAGCCUCGAACCGCAGCACGAGCUCAAAUUCAAAGGUCCUUUCACAGAUGUGGUCACUACAAACCUGAAGCUCGGCAACCCCACGGACAGAAAUGUGUGCUUCAAAGUUAAGACCACAGCACCACGUAGAUACUGUGUAAGGCCCAACAGUGGAAUUAUCGAUGCAGGAACAUCAAUUAAUGUUUCUGUGAUGCUACAGCCUUUUGACUAUGACCCUAAUGAGAAAAGUAAACACAAGUUUAUGGUUCAGUCUAUGUUUGCUCCAGCUGAUACUUCAGAUAUGGAAGCAGUAUGGAAAGAAGCAAAACCGGAAGAACUCAUGGAUUCGAAACUUAGGUGUGUGUUUGAGCUACCAGCAGAGAAUGAUAAGCCUCAUGACAUAGAAAUAAAUAAAAUUGUAUCCACAACUGCAACAAAGACAGAUUCCUCUGUAAUGUCUAAAUCAAUAAGUUCUUCUUUGGAUGACACUGAAGUUAAGAAAGUAAUGGAAGACUAUAAGAGGCUUCAAGUAGAAGUUCAGAGGUUACGGGAGGAGAAUAAACAGUUUAAGGAAGAAGAUGGACUGCGGAUGAGGAAGGUACCCCAGACAAACAACCCAAUAUCUCCUUCUGCAGCUGCUGUCAAGGACGAAGGGCUCAGCUCCAGACUACUUGCUUUGGUGGUUUUGUUCUUUGUCUUUGGUGUAAUUAUAGGAAAAAUAGCCUUGUAGAGGCAGCAUGCUGGAAAUUGUAAAUUGGUUUGAUGGUUCUGCCAUAUCAUUGGAUUAAAUUUAUUCAUAACAAUGUUUAAAAAAAAAAUUAAUGUAUGACAUCUCACAGGUCUUGCCUUUAAAUUACCCCUGCACAAAUACUAUGUAACAUAAUCUAGAAAGUUCAAAAUGUACGGUGAGGGAAUGAAUGAAAGAGAAUAUGCUUCAAUGAUGAAGGGGGGAGAAAAUCCUGAUUUAACACUACAAUGGAAUAUUGUAUAUGUCAUUUUAAACAUUCUUAGACCCUGGUACAUGUUGCUGGAUUACCUCUUUUUAAAAAAAAAAAAGAAAAAAAAAAGGAAAACUAGAAAAAACCUCUUCCUCCACUGCUGGAGAUGGCCCUAGGGAUGUUUGGAGCUGGGUUAGGCAGGAGGUGUUGAUAACUUCUGUAAAAUACGUUAAUCCACCAUUCUGCUCAUGAAUUUAACAGUUUCUGUCAGUGUCUUCAACUCUGUGCAAGUUACCAAUUUCUUGGCACUUAAAUGAGUAGUGAGAAGCUGCAAAGAUUUGUCUGUGGCAGCACUGAGGGAGCUGGGCAGCACCGAGGGGCUCGUUCAGAAUAAAGGUCAAUGCCUUGUUCUCACCAAGGGACCAAGCUACAUUGCUGUUGGUUCAUUUAGUUGAAUUAAAAUGUUAUUCAGAGAUGUUUAAUGCAUAUUUGACUUAUUUAAUGGAUUUCAUCUCAUGUUUCCUUAUUAUCACAAAAUUGACUAAUUCUUUGUGGUAUGAAAAGGCACCUGUUCAAAGCCAGUGACAAGAACUAAAAAUUUGCUGCUGUAGUGGUGCAAGAUUCUUCUGCCUCCUGGUGUUUCGGGCACUACACCAUUGUUGGGAGUUUUGAUCAUCUGAGCAUUGGCGAAACAGUGGUCAGAAACUGUUUUUGUAUGUAAAUAAGUCUAUUUAGGGGAGAAACAAAAAUAUCAGUAGUAAACUUAGUCCUAUGCCGUAAAAAGACCAAUCUUGUUUGACUAUGUAGCAUCUUAAAAAAGAAAAAAGAAAAAAAAGAAAGAAAAGAGAAAUUAAAUAAAGCCCCCAAAUUAAUGUUUCCUUUGUUACUUUUGUCCUGUUCUCGCAGUUUUAGAGGUGGGGAGGAAACAGUGUUUUCUUGUCAGCUUUGUUCAUGGCAUAAGGAAACUUGCAGUCUGAUUUCAGGGUGAAUUUCUUUUUUUUCCAGACUAAUUUUAAUAUCAAAGCAAACCAUCCCAUCGUGAGCCUGACACACAAAAGUUGUUCAGAGUCACCAUGCUGAGGUACAAGGUAACAUCCCAGGUUAGUUGGGUUCAGGAGUUCAGACACUUGACAGCACCUUUAGAAUAAGGAGAUUUUGUUUCUAAGCUUCCUUUUACCACAAGGUGUAUAAACAAACUCAGUGUGUUUUAACAGGAUGGGUUCAGUUAAAUUAAACAGUUUUUGAGCAGGUAAAUUCACAUCUAUUCUCAAAUGGUAGACCCAAAAACAUUCAGUGGCAAAAUUUGUUGUAGCAUGUUAUAAGAUGAAGCUGAGUCUUUUACAGAUGACUUCUGUCAUUCCUUCCCUAUUGCUGGGAUUCUGUGAGAGCUGUGGGGGCUGCAGCCUGUCUGCUGCACUCCUUGACCUUUAUGUUUGUCCCACUUCUGUCUCAAGGGCUUCCUCCUCUGCAAGUGCAAAUAAGUGAAAUUUUAUGUAAGGCUUAAUAAGAAAAAUAGCUGCGAAAAAAACCUUGUGAUUGGUGUGUUCAGCUUAUGAACGGGAGUCUGGAAGUAUUUCUAGGAGGUUCAAUAGAAAGGAGAGGUGUAUUUUUAGCAUUUUAAAGUGCUGGUGCCUUGUCUGCUCAGAGGGAAGGGACAGAGCCACUGCAGCCUGGCUGCAAGGGGCAGGGCAGGUAGGAGAUGAGCUGGAAAGGACAAAGCAGGGAGUUUGUGGGACAAAUUGGGCAGAAUUUAUAAAGAAGAUACUGCCUGGGCAGUAGAAGCUGAAGAAAACUUUCUAAUGAAGCAUUCUUUUCAGAAAGACAAGGUUGUGGGUGAUACUGCAAAAUUAAUUUUCAUGGCUUUGAAGAAUAUAGUUGAGAAAACCUUUGCUGAAGGGAGACUGAGAUAUGAAAUAGAUUUUUUUAAGAGGCUGUAAAUAUCUUGUUCUCUUAUCAGAAUUUCUGAUUCACUUUGAAAAAAAAAAAAAAGGUUUUUUUGAGAGUCCAUUGUUCUGCUCUAAAAUAGCCUAAAAAAGGUUGGUUUAGAAAAAACAAAUCACUUUCUGCAGGAUAAAGGGAGAGGAUUGAAGGUUUAAACUGGUCUCCUGUGAGGAUAUCUGGAGUAAAGUUCCAGGCAGGUUUUACACCCAGUGUAAGCUACCACAGCUCUGUGCUCCCCCAGUGCUCAGCAGUGACUUCUUGGUGGUCUGUGCCAGCCUGGAACUGGAGAUCAUUCAUGGGCAAAGUUGUUCCUGGGGUUUGCACUCCAGGAUCAUAAAGGUCCCAGAAAACCUUCUCAUGCUUUUCCAGACCCUUCAGACACUGAGCCAGGAGACCAGGAGAGGAUUUCAGUGUUGGUAGCAUCUGUAACCUGCAGCUGGGCUGACCCACACCAUCAGUCCUAACAGUCAAAUUAACUGCUUGUGUUUUGGAAUUUAACAAAAUCCUGAGGUUUUCCCUCACCAUUUUUCACAAGAGCCUGAACACAGUAGCCCUGAAUUGUCUGGGUAAUGCUUUGCUUUGCUGAGCUUGAAAUAAAGUCACUGAUCAGGGGAAUUCUCAGUCCCUGUUUGACCAAACCCUUUCAUAGGCAGUAGGGAGAAAUCUUAAGGAUUUUUUUUCUUCCAAGGUUCCUAAAAGGCCAGUUUGUAGAUAGAGUGCAAAUAUAGAUUGGAUGGAUAUUCCUAAGCCACCUGGCUCUUUUUGUAAGUUGUUCCUUUCAUGGCAACACAAGAGGAAAUGUUCUCAUGAAGUAUUCACAGAAAGUGAAUUAUUCUGAAGGACAUUGUAUAUCUUAGGAAGUUGUGCACAAAAUGUAGAGUUUCUAAAUAAGAUAAUUGUCUGGGGUCCUCACACAACAUCAGUUAUUAGAAACCUGUGAUUGAUUCAUGGUAGUAGAAAUCAAGUUAUUACUAAUCUAAUUAUUGUCCUUGCUGUUACUUUAAGAUGACCACUUGCACAUUUAUUGUUGAUUUUUGUAACACCCAGUAGAGGCUGCUUGGUGCACUCUUUGGGCGAAUUUGGGAUAAACAGAUACCUGAAAUAUCUUGAAGCCUAGUGCUGGGAAACAAAUGGAAAAUGGUUUCUUCUAUUUUUAUGUUGUUCUCCACAUCUUAAAGCAAAUACUCCGUGCAUGGAUGAUCAUAACUAUUGCUGUGCAUUGGCAGUUGUCAGCUGGGGGUGCACAGCUGGAACAGCUGCAUCUGCAAGCCAGGAGCAGCUCAGGUUACUGGGGAGUAGCCUGGGGGCUGGAGAGCAAGAUCAUGUCAUGUUGUUAUGUUGAGGGGGAUUGAUGUACCAUAAUGUCAUUUUCUAAAAAUACAGGAUUGUAAAGCUCAAUGGUGGUGUUACUUUUUCCUCCUGAAAUGCUGUUAGUGGGCUAAAGUUGAAACUUCACUUUGCAAUUCACUAGAAUUUCUUUUCAUCAAUAAACUCUGAAGGGUUUGUA